CUUCAGAUGGGGUGGGUGUGUCUGGAGGCCCUGGAAGCACCCAGCUGGGUGGGAGGCGUUAUAUGGAGUUAAGAGAAAAAGGCGUGUUCUGCAAAACAAGGGAUUUAAAGCACUUGCACAGUCAAUGCUGAUUCUAGGAAGCAGAAGGGCAAUAUUUUAAAAAGAUUUGGUCUUAUAAAGGGCAUUUUAAAUACCUUUUCAAAGGGCGUGAGUGGAUUCAUCUCAGGAACUUUGUACAGAUGAUGUUUCUUAGGUGAGGCAUAGAGUCAGUUUUAAUAAAGCCUUCUGUAAAUAUUUAUCAAAUACCUAUUGUUGGUUUAAUAUUAAAAUUGGUGUUUGGGGAAAAGAAGCAUAGAAUUCAGACAUGGGCGUGGCCAUAAAGAUAUGGCACUCAGCUCCCUCUUUCGGGAGGGUCCGGCUGCUGAAGGAGUGAGGGGACUGUUGGGGACAGUCAGCCUCCACCUGUCACCUCACUCAGGGUCUGCUUCAUCUGCAGAGAGAUGCCUCGCCAAGGUCAAACCUUCACUGGGCAGCCCACAUCGGGCGAAGGCUUGGCCACUUUGGCUGGAUGUGGGAUGCUGUUUCUGGAGAACCCAACCUGCAACCCCUGGUUAUCAAUGAUCUUAAAAAUAAUCCAAAAGAUAGGAUUGUCCUAUGGAGAUAAUGAAUGACAUGGAACAGAAUGUAAAUGCUACAGGAUUCAGAUGAGAGGGAGAGAGGUGAGCCCUGGUGGAUCUGGAUCAUCUUGUUGAGCAAACCCAAGACACUUGAGGGUGAGAGGACAGGACAGGCAAAGGAGCCAAAGUGAGUAGGAGACUGUGAGGAAAGGUGCCCAGCUGUAAGGAGGGGUGCAGGUCAGGGAAGAGUCAGAAAUUGAAGCGUUGUUAAUUCACUGAAGGUCAGACCUGGCUGGAGACAAGAAAGAAAUCUCAUGAUAAACUCUUCUAACAUUAUUAAAAAAAAAUUUCAGAGGUUGUGGGUUCUGACCUUGAUCGGGGGCUCCUCCUACCAAUUCAUGAAUCAGUCUAUUAUGUUUAGAGUGAAGCUUUUAUUACCAGGGUCUCUGCUAGAGAUCCAGCCAUCACAUCCAAAUUCCAGACAAGGAUGAAGGAUGAGACAGAGAAGGAUAUGCCACACCAUUUUAAGAAGACUUACUUCUAAUUACAUCUCAUUGGUCACUGCUUAGUCACUUGGCCACACCUAUAAGUAAGGGAGGCUGCAAAAUGCAACCUUUAAAUGAAGCAGCAACAUAGCUGAAAAAAAUUCUUUCUAUUACAAUUGAAGAGUAUACUAACAUAUUUUAUUUCAGAUGACAGAUAUAAUAUAAUAAAAAGGCUAAAAUCUAGUGUCUUAAAAAUGGCAGUGUCAGUAAAACAUUUUAGAAAUUACGGAGAAGAAAGUUAUUUUAUAUGUGUGAAAUGGCAAAAGAUUUUGGUCACUUUCGAUUGGACCUUAAUAUUAAUAAUCAUCCAACAUAUGCUGAGAGUUUUCUGUGGACCAGGAACUAUGUCAAAUGCUUUCAUCGGUUGUACUGUUUAAUGGAGGCUAUGAGGUAGAUUUUCUAAAUGAUCUAUUACAAAUGAGGAAACGGGGAUUUCAAGAAGUUGAGAAAUGGCUCAAAGUCAUACAACGUGCAAAUGACAAAGCCAGUCUUCAAACUCACGUUGGUUAAGCACCCAAUCCCACCAUUUGCACUAUGAUGCUCAUAUCAAAUAUCACAGAGGAGAAACUAGAGAAACCAGAAGAGAAGGCAGAGGUCAGGGUGCAAGUGGGGAGCCAGCCAGUGCUCAGGAGUGUUGAAUCUAUGAGAAAAGAGGACAACCACUGAGGAAGAGAGAAACAGGCAAAGGGAAGAGGAGACAUUAAGUGCUGAGUCUUUGGGCUCUUUCUCCUGGAGGAGGAGAAGCAGAGGAGGGACCGAGGAAGAACCAGGCAGGUUCACAGAGACCUAGACAAAGACUUUCUUGACCAUGGAAGGAGCCAGCAAUGUCUGUAACACAAAUGUUCAGAAAUAAGUCAGUGAUCUGAGCAGUAAGAGGUCAUUCAUUUUUCAGAAGUGUUGGAAAUGGGAUGAGAGAAUGAGUGGAGGAUGUUUGGAAAUUAUGGACCAACUGUUUCAAGCCUAUACGGUCAUCUUAUUGUUAGCAAUAACUGAUGAUAACACUGAGUAUGUAGUGAAUGCUUACUCUAAGUUGGCUAUUGCUGCAAGGGUUUAUGUGCACCCUAUGAGGUAGCUACUCCUACUAUUCCUAUUUUACAGAUGAGAAAAAUGAGGCUGUGAGAGAUUGGGUCAUCUGUCUUCAGUUACACAGCUAUUAAGUGCCAGAGCUGGGACUCAAGCCCAGCCAUCUGGCUGCUGAGUUCAUGCUUAGGAAUCUAGAAAAGCCAAAGGUUUAUUUAAAAAGCAGUGAAUUGGCAGAAGUCCACAGAUUUUUUUUUUUUUCCUGAGAUGAAACUCUUACAUCCAUUAUCAUAGGAAUUGUUAAGCAUACUUGGUGAUUAUUUAUUCCUCUUUCUCUCCCUAAAAAAACUAUUUUGAGGAGGGAUUGGUUUUGUUUUAUUUUUUCCUAGGUCAGUUUUUAAAGAAAACAUAGUUAAAAAUGAAUCUAAGUGAAAUUUGAAAAUUUUGAGGGAACAUACAUUGCAUUUUUACUGGUAAGCUGAUUGAGAGACUGGAUACAUUAUGGUCCUUAGUAAAUGUCUCCAGAAAAAGAGAGGGCAUUCUCUUUUCACAGCAAGACAUUUUAAUAACUAUGCACUGGAACAAUGACUUUUGUGUGUGUCUUAAAUUCCUUUAUGCCUACAGACUGUUCAACUGAAUGUCAUUAGAACCUCUAGAACUUAUUUUUGCAUAGUUUGAAGGCUCACUUAUCGCCUACACAGUCACAUGUUGAUUUGAAAAAAAAAAUACAUGUAUAUAUAUAUGUAUGUAGCUGUAUAAGAGACACAUGGGCAGCCUAUUGGGAUCUAAGAUUUACUGAUGCCAGCCUCUCAGCACCCCUAACCCUUUCCAGGUCUCUCCUGGUGACUCUGAAGCCAAACCUCUGAUCUUCACAUUUGUCCCCACUGUCAGAAGACUACCAACCCACUCCCAGUUGGGUGACACCUCUAAGUUCCUUGUUAAAAUUCCUGAGGAACCAAGUGAUAAGACUCCAGAAACUAUAAAUAGGUCUCACUUCAAUGAGUACUUGACCUUGAAUGCUGGGAGCCAACAGGAGAGAGACCAAGGAACACUGACUGAUCCUUUAGAGGUCGAGGGCAAGACUACACAAGGAAGAGGAUUUAAAGCAAACGAACCUCAAGGGAUGCAGCAAAGUGACCUCUUCAAAGCUGAAUAUGUCUUUAUUGUGGACUCUGAAGGGGAAGAAGAAGCUACAACUAGCAAAAGUGAACAAGGCCCCCCGAGAGGGAUGAGCACCACAGCUGCUCGGCCCACAUCCCUAGCCAUCUCAUCCAGCCUGGCCUCUGACUCUGUGCGCCCCAAAACACGGGGGGCAGACCUCCAGGCCCCAUCACAUCCUGAAAUGCCUCAUGGGAUGGCUCCUCAGCAAAAACAUGGGCAGUUCACUUCUUCUCCCACUGCCUCUGAGCAGCUUGCCUGUAAACCACCUGCUUUCUCCUUUGUUUCUCCAACUAAUCAGAAAACACCACCUGCCCCCGUCAACCUCUCCGAAGCCUCUGUCCUGGAGGAGAUCCACACGAGGCGGCUGGAUGUCACUGGGGCCCUGGUGGAAGAAACAGCUACGUACUUUCAAACUUCCGCUCACUCUGCACCCUUUUCUGCAUCGAAGGGCGUGUUCUCGACGUCACAGUUCCCCCAUUCCACUCAGUUGUCAGGUUCUCCUUUGUCCCAUCCAAGUGCAGCCCAGCAAAAACCUGGCCUGACGUCUGAAGCUCUCAAGAAGACGACAGCUGUCACCUCGCCCGUCCUUAGUCCCAGCGAAAGUCCGAGAACCUCUUCUUCACCGGCCUCCGGUGCUUCUCUGAAGUCGAAUUCAGCCUCCUACAUCCCAGUCCGCAUCAUCACGCACUCGCUCUGCCCGAGUCCAAAACCCUUCCCCUCCCUUUUCCACGGCUCUUCUUCCACUGUCUGUAGCCACGUGUCAUCCAGCGGGAACCUCUCAAAGUCAGGGGUGAAGUCCCCGGUACCCUCCCGGCUUUCCCUCCUCACGGCCAUCCUCAAGUCCAACCCUUCUCACCAAAGACCCCUCUCCCCGGCAUCCUGUCCCACCUUCACUCUCAACUCCCUGACCUCUUCCACACUUGCUCUCGAUCAGAAAGUAAAACAAACCUCACCCACGCCGAAAAAAUCUCUCUCGAGUUGCUCCCUGCGGGCAGGGUCUCCGGAGCAAAGGGAAAACCAGGUUUCUGGACUCAGCCAGCAAACCUUUCUUUCACCUUUUUCUACCAAAGCUGCUCCCCUUCCUCAGACCCCCUCCCACAUCAGUAGCAGCCCUGUUUCUUUGAAUGUAGAGAAAAUGCCAUCCCCCUCUUCUUUGAAGAGCAGUCCCAUGCUUUCCCCUCUGCAAACAAGUACCUCCAGUUCGGCGGGUCUGCCUCCUGUUCCUCCUCCAAGCUCUUCUCCUCUGUCUCCCAAGGGCAGACGGGAUGCAGACCUCAGGGACCCAGGCAAGCCCAGGAAUAUUUGCCCACAUCCUUCAAAGUCAGCCUCCUCUGCAUCAUCUUCUGUAUCUCCUCUCACUAACCAAAGAGCCAGGCUCUCCUCCCCAGAGAAAUGCUACCAUCCUUCCCCAGCUCUUUCAAAUCUGAUAAACAGAUCCAAGAGAGCAUCAGCACCGCUCUCUGGCCAGGGGCAGACUCCUUCAGCUCCUCCUCCACCUUCUGUCUCCAGUGCUGGCUCUGCCUCUCUUCCCCAAAUGGGGUCCUCCUCUCCCCCUUUUGCUAAUCUGCCCACACAGGCGCUCCAGCUCAGUCCCUCAGCGCUGCACUCAAAUCUUACCUUGCCUUCAAGAUUUGGGAAAUCUGAAAGCUCAAUAUCUGACCACAGGUCAUCUGUUUCAACCCCACCACCUCCCAUCUCUCUAACAAGAACCAAGGAGCUGAUUUCACCUUGUGCAUUGUCCAUGUCAACAGGCUCUGAAAAUAAGAAACCCAAGCAAUACAAGACCAAGUCCAGCUACAAGGCUUUUGCAGCAAUCCCUACAAACAUAUUGCUUUUGGAACAGAAGGCACUAGAUGAACCAGUCAAGACUGAGGGCAUCUCCAAGGACAACACCUUAGACCCACCUCUGGAGUUGUGUUUCCCUGCACAGCUCAGGCAGCAAACUGAAGAGGUCUGUGCUACCAUUGAUAAGGUCUUACAGGAUUCCUUGUCUAUGCAUUCUUCUGAUUCUCCUUCAAGUUCUCUACAGACAUUGUUGAGUUCUGACUCAAUCAAAAUACCUACAACUCUCCCGAGAGCGGCUGGUCGAGAAACCAAAUAUGCAAACCUCUCCUCACCUUCUUCUACGGUAUCUGAGACUCAGCUGACAAAGCCUGGAGUAAUUCGCCCCGUACCUGUUAAAUCCAAAAUAUUACUGAAAAAAGAGGAAGAAAUCUAUGAACCCAACCCUUUCAGUAAAUACCUGGAGGAUAACAAUGACUUCUUUUCGGAGCAGGAUGUGCCAGCCCCUCCCAAGCCUGUUUCUCUCCAUCCUUUAUAUAAGAGUAGACUCCAUCCUCCCGCUAAGUCCCUGCUGCAUCCACAGGCCCUCCCACAUGCUGACUGUCUUACCCCAGGACCCUUCGGUCACUUGUCUUCCUUCUCCCUGAGUGAUGAACAGAAUUCUCACACCCUGUUUAGUCACAACGCAUUUAAUAAGCUGAGUCAUCCAAUGGUGCCUAUUCCUGAAUAUGAAACCCUUGAUUCCAAAGAGCAAUGAAGAUGGAGCAGAAGUGAAAACACAGACCGGGGCUGAAGUUUUCUGAAACGCUGGUGCUAAUCACUUGCUAGAUGUAACCUUUACCAGGUUUAACCCAUAUUUUUACCGUCUUAGUGUUUCCCUUAUGGACUAAAAAAAGUUUCCUGCAGGCAUGUAACAUCGCAGUACUCACAAACACCCGGCCUAGGAGAGCUUUACCUACAGUUUCUGCACCACUGUUAGAGCCUUUAAUGCCUUCCACUAAGCUGACAGCAAUGCUAACGUGCUCCAGUGUUUCACAGCCAAAUAAAGAAGAAUCAUGGGGAAAUAGAA